AUGCACAGCCUGCUGAGGCUCCUGACGCUGUGGCUUUGCGCUGGGCUGUGCGCCUCUGUGUUCGCAGGCAGCGACCCCCAGCCUGGCCCAGGGCGUCCCGCCUGCCCAGCUCCCUGCCAUUGCCAGGAGGACGGCAUCAUGCUGUCAGCUGACUGCUCCGAGCUUGGGCUCUCAGUGGUGCCAGGGGACCUGGACCCCCUGACGGCUUACCUAGACCUCAGUAUGAACAACCUCACGGAGCUUCAGCCCGGUCUCUUCCGCCACCUGCGCUUCCUGGAGGAGUUGAGGCUCUCUGGGAACCAUCUCUCCCACAUCCCGGGACAGGCGUUCUCCGGCCUCCACAGCCUGAAGAUUCUGAUGCUGCAGAGCAACCAGCUCCGAGGGAUCCCAGCAGAGGCACUGUGGGAGCUGCCCAGCCUGCAGUCACUGCGCCUGGAUGCCAACCUCAUCUCCCUGGUCCCCGAGAGGAGCUUUGAGGGGCUGUCCUCUCUCCGCCACCUCUGGCUGGAUGACAAUGCACUCACCGAGAUCCCUGUCAAAGCCCUCAACAACCUGCCUGCCCUUCAGGCCAUGACCCUGGCUCUCAACCACAUCCACCGCAUCCCUGACUAUGCCUUCCAGAACCUCACCAGUCUGGUGGUGCUGCAUCUGCAUAACAACCACAUCCAGCAUGUGGGGACCCACAGCUUCGAGGGGCUGCACAAUCUGGAGACACUAGACCUGAACUAUAAUGAGCUACAGGAAUUCCCCAUGGCCAUCCGGACCCUCGGCAGGCUUCAGGAACUGGGUUUCCACAACAACAACAUCAAGGCUAUCCCAGAGAAGGCCUUCAUGGGCAACCCCCUCCUGCAGACAAUACAUUUUUAUGACAACCCAAUCCAGUUUGUGGGAAGGUCGGCGUUCCAGUACCUGUCUAAACUGCACACGCUAUCCUUGAAUGGUGCCACUGACAUCCAGGAGUUCCCAGACCUCAAAGGCACCACUAGCCUGGAGAUCUUGACCCUGACCCGUGCAGGCAUCCGGCUGCUCCCCUCGGGAAUGUGCCAGCAGCUGCCCAGGCUCCGAAUCCUGGAGCUGUCGCACAAUCAGAUUGAAGAGCUGCCCAGUCUGCACAGGUGUCAGAAGUUAGAGGAAAUUGGCCUCCAACACAACCGGAUCUGGAGAAUUGGUGCCGAUACCUUCAGCCAGCUGAGUUCCUUACAAGCUCUAGACCUGAGCUGGAAUGCCAUCCGUGCCAUCCACCCUGAGGCCUUCUCAACCCUGCACUCCUUGGUUAAGCUGGACCUGACCGACAACCAGCUGACCACGCUGCCCCUGGCCGGGCUGGGAGGCUUGAUGCACCUGAAGCUCAAAGGGAACUUGGCCCUGUCUCAGGCCUUCUCCAAGGACAGUUUCCCAAAACUGAGGAUCCUGGAGGUGCCCUAUGCCUACCAGUGCUGUGCCUAUGGCAUCUGUGCCAGCUUCUUCAAGACCUCUGGGCAGUGGCAGGCUGAGAACUUUCACCUGGAGGAAGAAGAGGCACCGAAGAGGCCCCUGGGUCUCCUUGCUGGACAAGCUGAGAACCACUAUGACCUAGACCUGGAUGAGCUCCAGUUGGACAUGGAAGACGCAAAGCCACACCCCAGUGUCCAGUGCAGCCCUGUUCCAGGUCCCUUCAAGCCCUGUGAGCAUCUCUUUGAGAGCUGGGGCAUCCGCCUUGCAGUGUGGGCCAUCGUGCUGCUUUCAGUACUCUGUAACGGGCUGGUGCUGCUGACAGUCUUUGCCGGCGGGCCCAGCCCGCUGUCCCCAGUCAAGCUUGUGGUAGGUGCAAUCGCAGGCGCCAACGCCUUGACGGGCAUUUCCUGUGGUCUCCUGGCCUCAGUGGACGCCUUGACCUUCGGCCAGUUUGCUGAAUACGGAGCCCGCUGGGAGACCGGGCUAGGCUGCCAGGCUACGGGCUUUCUGGCUGUCCUGGGGUCAGAGGCAUCCGUGCUGCUGCUCACUCUGGCCGCGGUGCAGUGCAGCAUCUCUGUGACCUGCGUCCGGGCCUACGGAAAGGCGCCGUCACCCGGCAGCGUCCGCGCAGGCGCGCUGGGGUGCCUGGCCCUGGCAGGACUGGCCGCCGCGCUGCCGCUGGCCUCGGUGGGGGAGUACGGCGCCUCGCCUCUCUGCCUGCCCUACGCCCCGCCCGAGGGUCGCCCGGCCGCCCUGGGCUUCGCCGUGGCCCUGGUGAUGAUGAACUCCCUCUGCUUCCUCAUUGUGGCUGGUGCCUACAUCAAGCUCUACUGUGACCUGCCGCGGGGCGACUUUGAGGCCGUGUGGGACUGUGCCAUGGUGCGGCACGUGGCCUGGCUCAUCUUUACAGAUGGCCUCCUCUACUGCCCCGUGGCCUUCCUCAGCUUUGCCUCCAUGCUGGGUCUCUUCCCGGUCACCCCCGAGGCUGUCAAGUCUGUCCUCCUUGUGGUGCUGCCUUUGCCUGCCUGCCUCAACCCACUGCUCUACCUGCUCUUCAACCCUCACUUCCGGGAUGACCUUCGAAGGCUCCGGCCAAGCCCUCCGUCCAAGGGGCCCCUGGCCUAUGCUGCAGCCGGUGAGCUGGAAAAGAGUUCCUGCGACUCCACCCAAGCGCUGGUGGCCUUCUCGGAUGUGGAUCUUAUUCUGGAAGCUUCUGAGGCUAGGCAGCCUCCUGGGUUAGAGACCUAUGGCUUCCCUUCAGUGACCCUCAUCUCCCGUCAGCAGCCAGGGGACACCAGGCUGGAGGGAAACCAUUUUGUAGAGCCUGACGGAACCCAAUUUGGGAACCCACAAUCUCCCGUGAAUGGAGAACUGCUGCUGAGGGCUGAGGGAACCACGUUGGCAGGCCGUGGCUCUGCAGCAGGUGGAGUCUUAUGGCCCUCUGGCUCUCUCUUUGCCUCUCACUUGUAA